CCGGCAGAACGAGCCUGGCAGCGGUGUUUAGGGAAACCCAGUUCUCCAAAAAUAAAGUUUGCCUACACUCUUCGUACCGAACUGAAGACUUCACGAAAUCGAUUCGCAAACUGUCGUGUUAUUGAUCGUUUUUACUAUUACCUAUUGGGGGGGAUUAGUAAACGUUGAGACUUUUAGGAGAUAGAUAGGACGUUGGAAAGUGAUCGCUCAACUUUCUACACAGGAAGCGAUUUCAACAGGUCUAGCGAACGGAGCGCGGACGACUCAGAUGCUCAGAACAUGGAGUUGAACAGAGGAGAAGUGCCUCUAUAUGGCCAAUUGGAAGUGUGUGCUCUUCUGCAGGUUCCAGAUCUAGAACCAGAACAGACAGAGUUCUAUGUGGUUUUAGAAGGUUCCAGACUAGCCCAUGUUACUGUAGGGAAGAGAACAGAGGAUGGAAAGUCUCUGUGCUUCACUGUUCCAGGUCAUGACCUUCAGGAGACUGUCUCUGUCACAGCUUAUUGCCACACAGAGGGCAGAGCCAAGCCCUGUGGAGGCGGGGCCUGGCUGGACUACGUCUGUGAUUUGCCACAGGAAGUGGCCGAGUACCUGCUAGCCAAUAGCGACUGUCUGAGUCCCCAGAGCCACCUGGAGGUCCUGAGGAGGGUUUCAGCAGCUCCAGGGGAGGGGAACAAGGAGGGUGACAGGAGUGCUGGCUCAGGAGAGAACUAUCUGGGGAAGACAGACCAGGAGGAUGGGUAUGGGGGUGGGAGACCCAGACCUGAUCCAGAGGUGGAGUGUCGUCUCAGGGAGAUGGAUGAGAGGAUAACCCAGGCCAUGGCCAACCUGGACUACCCUCUGGAGUGGAGCGGCAAGGCCAGCCAACCUAGAGAAGAGCACCAGUCCAGGGACACUCUCCUCCACCUCUCUGUGCGUCUGGGUUUGCUCAGUCUCUCCCGCUUCCUGAUUGGCCAGCCCAGGGGUCAGAGGGCACUGACCCUGCCAAAUGAGGAAGGGGCCACACCCCUCCAGCUGGCUCAGAACGGAGGAGACCACACCCUCUUCAUGGCGCUUACCACCCCCCCUGUCCCUGUCGGGGUGUGCACUGUGUGGGCAGAUAGGACUUGUGUUCUAAGGGUAUGUCCUGGGUCUGGCACCCUUAACCUUACCUUCCUGGGGGGUCCUGAGAGCAGUGUUAUGGACAACAUCCUGGUUCUCAGAGAGAAACUGACGGACCACAAUAUCCUCAGACAGAUCUCAGCACUGAGAGGUGAUGUUCAGAUGGAGGACAGUGGCAGAGCGGAUGUCCAUACAAGUGAUACCAGUGACGGAGGUCUAGGCAGGGCGCUAGUAGAAGACCUUACACUGGUGGUUAGAGUUCUUGAAGAGCAGCUUGUUCUCUCUCUGGAUGAUGAUGAGGAACUUCCAACAUUACAAACAGUGAAGUCCCAGACGGCCCACCCCAAACGAACCCAGAGACAGUUCUCCCACUCUGCUGUGGCAGACAAAUCAGCCUCCAUCAUUAAUGGCAGCAGUCAGCUCUCCACAGAGGUGGAUGACCUCAAGGCCAAGGUUAGUGUUGCCGGGGUAAUGAGGGACAGCGCUGUGACUGACAGCAGGGUGUGGGACACAGUGGACUCAGAGGUCCUCCUCCAACAGGCCACCGUCACCCCUCCACCCCUACCUCCCUACGGACUAGAGGAGCAACAGUCCCCUUUUGUCUCUUCUUCUCCCUUGUCCUCCCCUGCUGACCGUUCCCUCGCCCGACUGAACAGCCUUUCCCACUCAUACCUAACCAAUCAGAGAGGGAGCCCACCUCUGGAGUCACCUAACCUCAGCCCCAGUCUGGUAGCUCUAGUGAUUGACAGUGAGGAGGAGGGGGUUCUGGAGAAGUCUCCCUUCUCUCCUCUAACCUUUGACCCUCGUAGCAGCGGGGACGACACCACCCCAGACCUCACCUGCACACGCACACACUCUGCCUCCUCAGCCGGUGACCCCACCCCCACAAAGGAUAUGGGCGACCAGAAGAUCAGACACCGCUCCUACUCCUACUCCUCCCCCAAGAUCAGCCUGCUGCCCUCCCGCUUCUCCCGUGACACCUCAGCCCAGCCUGCGACAUCUGACCUCAGCCCAGAUGGCGUGUUCCACAGAGUGAGCCACAGGCGGUGUCGCCUUCAGGCCCUCUCUCUGUCUAAAUCUAUGUCUCUACUCCACCCUGGUAAACGGAGAGAGUUCAGCCUAUCGAAGCAACCUCAAGAAAAAAGGGAGUUAAAGUUCCGUAAGCGUGCCCAGUCUGCAGACGACGAGGGCAGCAUUGAGCUGGCAGAGUCCCUCCAACACCUCACCCUCUCAGAGUUCCUCAAAGAAAUUGAAGAAGAGGAGUGGGACAAGUACAACAUUCCUUCCAAGGUGGCGUCAGAGAAAUACAAAGUGAUUCGUACCUUCAGCUUCCUCAAGAGCCGGAUGUCGAGCACACGCAACAAGAACAAGGGGAAGGAGAAGGAAAGGGAGAAGGAGGAGAGAGACAAGGACAGGCAGCAGAAUGGACAUCGCUUCUCCACGGGGUCCUGUGCUGGACCCACGGUCUGUCUGGUCUGUGACAAACCUGCUACUGGCAAGGAACUUCUGCACUGCUCCAGUUGUACACUCAUGGUCCAUAAGGGUUGUAAUGACUUUGCUCCCCCGUGUCUAAACAAACUUGUGAAGAACCGAACGGCAUCCCUCCCGCAGAUGCGAGACAGUCCCUCUUCAUGUCUGAUCGCCACCUCAGCCUCUCUACCUAUGAUGAGCCAGAGGGACAGGAGGGAAACAGCCUCCCUCCCCAACCCCCUCUCCAGUAGCGUCCCCUCUUCCACUGACAGGCUUAGCGAGAGUCCGGAAGUGGUGUCUGACAGGAGAUGGAGUCCUGGCCGAUCAGAGGAGCUCCUACAGACCACGGAGUCAUCCUCCUCCACUGACUCCUCCCUCGGAGAAGACUGUGUGGACACCGGUCUCCACAGCGACCUGGCUGCUGAUGCUCUGGACUACGAGGCUGAGUCUUGGAGUCUGACAGUGGAACACAAGUUUUGUAAGAAGCAGGACAAACGGGUGGUCAAGAGACAGGACGUCAUCUAUGAGUUGAUGCAGACAGAGAUGCACCACCUCCAGACUCUGUGCAUCAUGGCUGAGGUCUUCCGGCGAGGGAUGAGGGAGGAGGUCCAGCUGGAUGCGGGCGCCGUGGGGCGUGUCUUCCCCUGUUUGGACGAACUCCUCCUCCUCCACCACGACCUCUUCAACUCCAUGAGGGAACGCCGCCACAGCUCCGCCCAGCCAUACGGGAACAGGAACUACGUCAUAGAACGCAUCGGAGACUUUCUGCUGCAACAGUUUUCUGAAGAGAACGCAGAGAAGAUGAAACAGGUGUAUGGAGACUUUUGCAGCCAUCACACUGAGGCAGUCGCCUUCUUCAAAGAGCUACAGCAACACAACAAACGAUUUCAGACCUUCAUCAAGCAACAAAGUAAUAACUAUUUGGUGCGGAGGAGAGAGAUCCCAGAAUGCAUCUUGUUGGUGACCCAGAGGAUAACUAAGUACCCUGUUCUGUUGGAGAGGAUUCUACAGUACACCCAGGAGGACAGUGAGGAGCACAGGGACCUCUCCAGAGCUCUUGUUUUGAUCAAGGAGGUGAUCGCGGCUGUAGACCUGAGGGUCAGUGAGUUUGAGCAGGGUCAGAGGUUACAGGACGUCCUAAACCGGAUGGACAACCGUAGUGCUGCCAAACUGAAGAACGGACACACCUUUAGGAAGCAGGAUGUUCUGGUGCCAGGCCGGACCCUCAAACACCAGGGCCUGUUACUGUGGAAGACCGCCACCGGACGACUCAAAGAUGUCCUGGCUCUCCUUCUCACCGACACACUGAUCUUCCUACAGGAGAAAGACCAGAAGUUCAUAUUCGCUGCUGUGGACCAGAAGCCCCCAGUAAUCUCUCUGCAGAAGCUGAUUGUCAGGGAGGUAGCCAAUGAGGAGAGAGGGAUGUUUCUGAUCAGUGCAUCGGCCGCGGGUCCAGAGAUGUACGAGGUCCACACCUCCUCGAAAGACGAACGCAACACCUGGAUGAGACACAUCCGAGAGGCUGUGGAGAGCUGUCCAGAGGAUGAGGAGGAGAACACUAGCGAAUCAGAGGAGGAGAGAAGAGCAUCUGAAGCCAGAGCCCAGAAGAUACAAAGACUACAGGAGAACCUGUCCAGUCAGGACCAUCAGAUAUGUUCUACUCUGGAGGAGAAGCUACAGAUCUAUGCUGAUCUGUCUGCCGUGAGGGGCGGCACCCAGGAACAGCACCCUGAGCCACGCUUACUGGUCCAGCCACACCCAGAGGAGGUGCCCCGGGCUGCAGUACUGCUCACUGCCGCGCUCCGAGAGGCUGAGAACCUGAGGACCACUCUGUCCGCCAGGACCUGUUCUCCCUCCAGCCUCUGCAGCCCUCACAGGGACCCCCUGUCCCACCCUGUGUCCUCAGCCAACCCUCCUACCCCCAUGGACAACCCCACAGACGGCGAAGCCUCACCUGGGGACCCUGAUACCAGGGACGGAGAGUGGUCAGCCUCCCAGGGCCUCAUACUACAGUCCCUGACUCAAUCCCACACUGGGGACACUAAUAAUAUCAACCUUAAGGUGGCUCAGAGUGUCCAGAGCUUGACCCAGUUACUCUACAGUCUGCAGGCAGCGGUAACCAUCCAAGACAGUUUCUACGAGGUACAGAAGCUCCUCCUCCGUGAAAGUGACCGCUCCGGCCCCUGCCCACCGAGGCCACACCCCCCGUGUCUCCAGGAGCAGGAGAAGUAUCGUAACCAGGAGAAGCGCCGUGAGGAGGUGGCGGCAGCGGUGCGGUUACAGGGUCAGCUGCGCCAGGAGAGGCAGCGGUGGGAGAGGGAGUGCCAGCUGCGCCACAGCCAACAGGGGGAGCUGGAGAGCAGGCUAGAGGAGAGGGAGAGACAGUGUCACCUGGAGGCUGAAAGGCUGAAGCAGGAGUGGGAAGAGCUCGAAGAGCAGCUGGGAGAGUACCAGCAGAGCCUGGAGAGGCUGAGGGAGGGCCAGAGAAGCGUGGGGAAGGAGAGGGAGAGGCUGGAGACCCAGCAGAAGCUGCUGCAGAGCUGGAGACACAGCCGACAGAGGAGCCUGCCUGUCAUGGUCAUACCGCUGGAUGGUCAUCAGGACUCACUUCCUGGUCAGUCCGGCGUCCAUCUUGACAACGCCGGCUCAGUGUUUGUCAACGAGGCAGCGUUCACCACGUCGAAGGUGCUUAAUAACCGCCACAUGCACCACCACAUACAGCAGCACCAGAGAGGUGGGACCCUGAGGUACGGAGAUGACCCUCGAGCCCACAACAGCCUGAACACCAUACUGGCCCGCUCCAGCCAGAGACACACGCUCCACCCUGACACAAACACACCCCAGUGCUGGGCGGGGGGUGCCGGUGUCACUGGGUACCUCUACACAACCUCAGGUGGACAGGGGACAGAGCACACACCCAACGAUCUAAACACACACAGCUAUGUGAGGGAGACGUGGUCCUCGACGGCAACUGUGCCUGGACAGUAUCAGGGUGCACCUCACCAUGGCGACCACCAACUGGUCCUCUCCUCCUUGGUCCCCCUGGAGACGGAGAGUGGGGAUGGGGAGGAGGGGGGAGAGGAGAACAUUGUGUACCUCUGACGCUGGACAGACAGACCUUAAACCCUCUGGUUCAAAUCCAGGACUCAAAAGACUUGAUAUGGAUUUAGGAAGGCUCAGAAUCACAGACUGGAUUGACUUUGAUGGCUCAGACUGGACAGUAAAUAGCUAGGCCAGGUUUUAAGAAGAACCAGAUCUGGCACAUAUAAAGUAAUCUCCCUUCCCCAUCAUGCUUUGCCCCUCUGCCCUCCGUGUUCUGUGCCAGGUGCCCUCCAUAUGUGUCUCCAAGUGUUGCCUGUGAGAGAGACUUUUAUACUGCUAUAUGUUUAUACUUGUCCAUGAAUGUACAGUGUGUGUGUAUCCGUCUCUGUUUAGAGUUCAGCUCCAGGGCUGCCACCGGGCCUUUGUGCCUGAGGCCCUCCAUUGACAUAAUCAAUUUCUCUGUUUCCCCUGCCCAACCCUACUGCAGUGCCUUCCCCCUUUUUCCUCACCCCCGUAUCAGUCUCCAUCUCUCUGUUUCCCUGGCCCACACUGCCCUAAGUCUGCUUCAGUCUACCUCUCUCUGUCCCUCCCUUGUCCUUUAGUCCCCAUCCGUCCAGCGCUAUUUAUUAGGCUCUCCCCAAAUGAAAUGGUGUCUACUCUGUUACCACAGGGGAAAAAGAGAGAGCAGAGGGUCAGAUAUCACUAGAAAGGCUGAAUCUCUACAGUCGGUCUGUGGUUGAUUGUCUAGUGGCGGAAUAAACUGGGAUGCGGGAUGCGGCAUACACAUUAGAUGUGAAGGAUGAGGUGAAAUGCCAUGAUCAGAAGGGAUUUGGUGUGUUUCUUAGCCUGUCUGGCUACGCCUUUGUUUUCAUCUGAAGGACUUGUGAUUUUAAGGAAUAAUGUUGUGACUAUAGCAAUCCAUCAAUGAUACAGUAGCGUACACUGCACUACUACCGCCUAUAUGAUGAAGUACAGAUUUUAUUAGGGUCAACUGCAUAUCGGGGUCAAAAACCAUAGGGCAGAAACAUUCCUAUACUGUAUGUUCAAUGAACUUUAAAGUAUUACAUCUGUGACAGAGUGCACUCUAUAUGUAAACAAUACUUUGGAUGUGAAUGAUACCAAAUAUGUCCAUUUUCUUUAUUUUCUUUAAAUUGUUUUUUAUGAUUCUUUAAUUGCUUUUAUUUUUUUUUACAUUGUUUUCAUCAAGGCACAUAUUUCAUAGCAUGUUGUUUCUUGUACUUGGUGUUCAGUCAUUUAGGAUUUUGUCUGACAUAUAGUUACUAUAUUAGCAAAGUCUAUGUGUCAGUAGUAGUUGGGAAGUCAGCCUGGUAUCAGUUUAUAUGCACCACAUUGUGAUGCCUCACAUCUUUUUAGCAAAAGCUUCACAAUGUGAUGCACGGCAAUGAUAUUGUAAUGGGGUAGUAAGCUAUGGUUGAAGGGUGACUGAUGAAAUUAAUCUUGUACGCACUUAAGAGGUGACCUUGCUUUUUUUUUACUAAGAGCUGUACCAUUGCACUUGAAUAUUCAUGUUCUACUUUAGUGACAAUAUGUUUUGUUUUUUAAUGACCAUUGAGAUGUCCUGAAAGACAGCCUUUAGCUGUCCUGCAGCCACCAUUAAAAAUAAAAAUAAAACGUUAAACCUAAAAGACAUUGUAGGGUGUGUCCUGAAUGGUUAACUAUUCCCUAUAUAGUGCUCCAGGUUUGACCAUGGCCUAUGGGGGCUCUGGUCAAAAGUGUGAAAAAUAUAGAGAAUACUGUGCCAUUUGGUAGUCGGCCGUAGUAUCUAGUUAUACACAAGGGUAUUGUAAUAGGUAGCUUCAUCGACGUACAUAUAAAACAGCACAAUGGUUAUGUUCAGAUGUUUGUUGUCGAUACUAUGUGAUACAGUCAAUUUACUUUUAUGUGUAUAUUUCACUGCCUUCAUUUAUUUAUAGUCGAUGAGCUUUAUCGCUGUUUUAUAGUACUCCUUGUUAGGUUAUGUUAUGUUGUACGUUGGAUUGGUCUGUAGUGCAUCAUAACACGGAGAUAUGGUUAUGUACAUUGUCUUGUUUACAUCAUUACUCUCUAUUAGAUAUCGUGGAAUAUAAAUGCAAAUAAUUUA